AUGGCCCGUCGAACACAAUCGCGCUUUGUCUUCGAGAUCGUGGAAAACUCGCGAGUUUUUCGCCAUCAGUUUUUCGCCAACGGUUCAAGGAGAGCAGAUUGUGCCACCUGUGAAAGUCGAGUUCCAGUCAGCGAACCGUACAAUCAUCACUGGCGAAAUGAUAUCAAGAACAACAGAAGCUAUUGCAUUCAGUUGGGUUCCGAGGAAAGGCAGAUCCUGAAAACGAUCGACGAUCAGGCUAUCGAAGAAUUUAUCCUAUGCGAUGGAAGCAUCACAGCCAGAACAAACGACUUUCUCUUGGAUUCUGGGAUGGAUGCGGUUCCCCAGUUGCUCAGAUUCCUAAGUUUUGGUACUGAAAAAUUAGAGGCCUCUGUUGGAUUCUAUGUGGACGUGAAAAAAGAACGCAUGUACUACGAAAGCAGCCCAUUAAAUAUCGAAAACCACUUGGAUAUUGGAGAGGCGGUCGACAUGAUAUUCUCCAUGCUUUUGGAGAAGAUAAGUAACUAUGUCCUGCUUCAUCACAAAGUUCCAUUGGAGGCGUGUGUUAUCAGAAGGAUGAAGGUGACUGUAAAGAGAUUUUGUCACUCCCCCAAGAGCAAAUCCAUACCUGUUUCCAAACUUCCUCUACAAUAUCAAGUGAAAAAUGCAGCUGAAUGCCUUGAAAGAGGAAGUAAUAAAUCGCCCUCUGAUUUAAUAAAUCUUGUUGAAACUUAUAUUAAUCAGGAAGAGCCUGGACGACCUAUCCCUCCAAAUCUGAAGGUAAACCUCUACAGCUUUCGGGUUUGUAGCACCUCCAAGGAAUUAUAUGUUGUGCCCUAUUUACUUCAUGGCGAUGAUGUGGACAACACGCCCACCUUUAUUAUUCAAACGGACGUGGUUGGUGGAUUUCAGGGUCUGCUUGAAGUCAGGAAUAUAAGGAAGUUCCUGAAAGUGGAUAGCCAGGAUAGGGUAUUUGAAUGCCGCCAAUGCCAGUCCCACUUCGUCGACCGCGUCCAUUUCGCUCUCCAUAAACAGAUCGCCUGUGGGCGAAACUUUAUGGUGUGGCACAUGGAUAAGGACGCCAUCGAGUUGCACGAGAACUGUUUGCCCUUGCCAAAGGAAUACUUCAAGUACGAGUGGGUUGGAUUGGCUAGCAAGAGAAAUUAA